UGGCUAUCGGACAGAAAAAAACGACAACUGCAGAAGCAGGACCUUGAUGUUCGUCGAAGGAUUGAACUAAUCCAAGACUUUGAAAUGCCAGCGGUUAGCAACUGUGUGCAAGUAACACGUGAUGAACAGUACAUCUUGACAACAGGUGUUUAUAAGCCGCGGGUGAGAUGCUAUGAUGUUAAUCAGCUGUCAAUGAAGUUUGAGCGAUGUUUCGAUGCUGAGGUUGUUCAAUUUGAAGUCCUGUCUGAAGAUUACUCAAAGGUCGUGUUUCUGCAGUGUGAUCGCUACAUAGAGGUUCAUGCUCAGCAUGGAAAGUACUUCAGAUUGCGUAUUCCAAAGUUUGGUCGGGACUUGGCAUAUCAUUAUCCAUCGUGUGAUCUCUAUUUUGUUGGAGCCAGUGCUGAUAUAUUUAGACUUAAUUUGGAACAAGGGCGAUUCAUGACCCCACUCAGGACAAAUGCAUCGUCAAACAAUGUAUGUUUAUUCAACCCUGUCCAUCAACUUUUCACUGUAGGAACAAACGAGGGUAGAGUAGAGUGCUGGGACCCCAGAAUGAGAAGCCGAGUCGGCAUUCUGGAUUGUGCACUGAGUGGCAUGGAGGUAGACACAGAGGUAGAUGGCAUUCCAACGGUGACUGCACUGACAUAUAAGGACGGACUCACGAUGGCUGUUGGCACAAGUACGGGGCAGGUGCUGCUGUAUGAUAUCCGCUCGGAUAAACCGUUACUGGUUAAGGACCAUCAGUAUGGUUUACCCAUAAAAAGUAUAGCCUUCCACUCUGCUCUUGAUCUCUGCGUAUCCGUUGAUACACAUAUUGUCAAGAUCUGGAAUCAGCGCACGGGCAAGGCAUUCACGUCGAUUGAACCAGAGACGGAUCUCAAUGACAUGUGUGUCGUACCUAGGUCUGGCCUUCUGUUCCUCGCCAAUGAAGCUCCAAAGUUACAAACAUAUUACAUACCUGCAUUAGGACCUGCACCAAAGUGGUGUGGCUUCCUAGAUAACUUGACCGAGGAACUUGAGGAAAACCCAACCCCCACAGUGUAUGAUGACUACAAAUUUGUAACAAAGAAAGACUUGGAAAGCCUAGGUCUGGUGCAUUUGAUUGGUACAAAUCUACUGCGAGCUUAUAUGCAUGGGUUUUUCAUGGACAUCAGGCUCUACAAUAAGGCAAAGGCCAUAGCUGAGCCAUUUGCAUUUGAAGAGUAUAGAAAGCAGAAGAUCAGAGAGAAGAUAGAAGGAGAGAGAGCCAAUCGAGUUAUGAGAAAGAAAUUGCCAAAGGUCAACAAGCAGCUUGCUCAAAAGCUGUUGGAUCUGGACAGUGAACAUUCUGGAACAAAAACGAAAAAGAAACAGAAUGUUUCAAAUCUACUAAAGGAUGAUCGCUUUAAGGCAAUGUUUGAGAAUCCAGACUUCCAAGUGGAUGAGACUGCAGAGGAGUACAGACUCCUUAAUCCUGUCGUCUCAAAGCUGGAUCGCGAUAAGGCAAAGCGGAAGCAGAAGGAAGAGGACGAAGAGGAUAACAACCUGGAGUCCUAUUUCGAGGAGGUUGAGGAGAGAGCUGGCGAGCGCAGCUCGUCGGACGAUGACAGCAGCUCUGAUGAUGAGCACCAGUGGACGUCCGAGAUGAAGACGCAGCACGCGUUGCUACGGAAACAGGCCUACUUGGAGCGAAAGCGGGAGGACCGCGAGGCGCAGCUGAUGCCGAAGUUCUUUGAGCUGAAGUCUGGAGGCGACUUUGACGGACUGCGCGACGCGAGGGCGAAACGAGCCGCAGACCCCAGGGCCAGUCUUGCAGAAAGGCUGCGGAGUGACGAGAAUCUACAGGCGCCAUCUGCUGGCCACUCGGCUGGCAGCCAGGAAAUGACCUACACAUUAACAAAGAACCGAAAGUCAGAGGAGCGGCAGCGGGAGGCAGAGCUUCACCAUGCUGAGAGGAAGAAGCUGAGACGGUCAGCCCACGGCAUUGGCACAAAACCCAAGCCAAAGUUCUGGAUGGGCAAGCGAGUGCAGUAGCGUUGAAGGAUCUGCGCGACCGAUCGUUACACAGCGUGCAGGGUGUGAAUGCAACAUGGUGGGGUGCGAUGAACAAUGCUCGCUGCUGGUAGUAAUGACGCGCGACUCAUCGUACGCAUCCAGAUGACGAGAAUGUCCCGGCAAAAUUCAACAUCACGUGGAGGAGGUUGGGUCAUUUUCAUGCGCAAAAACCAUGGUAAUGUUUCGGAGAGAGUUAAUGUCACAUAAAGACAUGGAUGGCAAGUUGGGUAGCGUCUGUUCCUGGCUGUACCGUAUGUGUACCCUACCGUCCAAAUAAGCAGUGUAGCUGGCUGCAUCCUAGCAGCUUGUGCAGCACCUAUCACAGCUAUCCCAUGCAAGUAUGACAGCGUAGUGACGUUGUCAGCAAUCAGCACGUGAUAUAUAAUAUCACGCGUGACAAGAUUUGCAAGAAAUCGUGGCCGAUCCAACAUGAGUACAUUCAAAUGGUGAAAAGUUCGAGUUUCAUUUUAAACAGUGCAGGAUGCAGGUGCAAUAUUUUUUAUAACACCUUUCACAACUGCAGUAAGACAUGUGAAUGUGGUGGGACGUUUUAUGUAAAUAAUCUCUGCACAUUUCUUGUGUCUAUUAAUAUAAACUGUAAGUCAGAUAAAUAGUAAUACCGCAAUUGCAAACUUCCAGGAGAAGUAAUUAAACCAUGAUUACUUGCAUUAAUCAUCUUGUUUUAAUAGAUAUAUCUUGACUCUAUCAGAAGAUGCUUGUUAGGGAUAUUUACAGCACAUGUUCAUUAAACAUGUUAAAUAGUAUUGUGCUAUUUUCUUUUUUAACCAAUCAUUAAUAAACACUUAUAUAAAGCACAA